AGAAGAUAAACGUGUCAAACUAUUAUUGGUAUUGUUUCGUGUCAAUCCCACAAUGAAUUCUAGGAUGUAAACCAUGGUUCAGCGCGCCCACUACUUAUAUACUAGCAGUAGUAAUAAAUAACUCCAUUAAUUAGUUGUGUAUAGUUUAUAGUGCAUAACAGUAAUCAAAUCAAAAGGAAGAAGAAAUGGGUGAAAAGGGUUUACAAACGCCGGCGAGGAAAGUGUAUUUGUGGGUUCGAAAGCAAUCGAAGAAGGUGAAGACUGUUUUAGGUGUUGUUACAUGUCUCACCUUACUCAUUACUCUCAGAUUACUCAUCCAUGACCACAAUCACUUCUUUGUUUUAGCUGAGUUUGUUCAUUUCAUCGGUAUCUUAUGUUUGAUUUACAAGUUGUCUACUCUCAAAACUUGCUCAGGCUUGUCAUUGAAGAGUCAAGUGCUUACGGCGAUCUUUCUGGCUGUAAGAGUAUUUUGUAGUUUCAUCAUGGAAGGAGAUAUACACACCAUUCUAGAUUUUGUUACACUUGCGGCAACAUUGUGGGUAAUAUAUAUGAUGAAGUUCAAGUUGAAGUCGUCCUUCAUGACAGAUCUGGAUAAUAUGCACUAUUUGUAUUUGAUUGUGCCUUGUGUGGUUGCAGCCUUCUUAAUCCAUCCUGCUACGGCUCAUAAUUUCUUCUUCCGGAUUCUUUGGGCUUUUUGUGUAUACAUGGAGUCUAUCUCAGUGCUGCCUCAGCUUCGCUUGAUGCAGAAUGUCCAGAUAAUUGAGCCGUUCACAGCUCAUUAUGUGUUUGCAUUGGGUGUUGCAAGAUUCUUGGGCUGUGCUCAUUGGAUUAAUCAGGUCUAUGACACUAGCGGAGCAUAUCUAUAUUUGGCUGGACGGGGUUACUUUUGGAUACCGAUGGUCUUUUUGGCGGAAAUUGUUCAAACGUUCAUUUUGGCAGAUUUCUGCUACUAUUACAUAAAGAGUGUCAUGAGCGGUCAACUUUUGGUCCGUCUGCCGCAGCCUGUAUAGAAGUUCAAAUUACUAUAUCCUACAAAAUGUAACAUAUGUUGUAUUUCUUGUGUUAUGGUGUGGAUAUAGAGCUUUUUCUACCUCGUAUUUUCUGUUUUUCAUCUUCUCCUCUUUUCUCUAGUUCCUCUCUUGCCAAUGCAACUGAACAUAUAAAUAAAUAAAUAAAUUUGCUAGAUGCAUUGCCACGACUGA